UAGCGACAUCAUAUCCGGUUCAUUUGCAUGUCCUGAGGGUGGGGUAUAUGGCAGCAUCGACAGAUUUAGAGAAACUGCGGGUUGUUUGAGUCGGAACAGGCGAUUAAUGCGUUCCUCAAGAUAGCAUAAGAGACCGUGGAGGACAAAGUCUCCGAGAGGUGGUUCCAGCUUGUGUGUGGGCAUCUUGUGGUGUACCUGAGGAAGGCAGUUAGAUAUGGCAGCCAGUAAGAGUAAGGGUCAGAGCUCCCUUGCCCUGCACAAGGUCAUUAUGGUGGGCAGUGGAGGCGUAGGAAAGUCUGCUCUUACCCUUCAGUUUAUGUAUGAUGAGUUUGUUGAAGAUUAUGAGCCCACAAAGGCAGACAGCUACAGGAAGAAAGUGGUGUUGGAUGGAGAAGAGGUGCAGAUUGACAUUUUGGACACAGCUGGGCAGGAAGACUACGCGGCCAUCCGAGACAACUAUUUCCGUAGCGGAGAGGGUUUCCUGUUGGUGUUCUCCAUAACCGAGCACGAGUCUUUCACAGCUGCAGCAGAAUUCAGGGAGCAGAUCCUUCGGGUUAAAGCUGAGGAGGAUAAGAUUCCACUGCUUGUGGUUGGAAAUAAGUCAGACCUUGAGGAUCGGAGGCAGGUUUCAGUAGACGAGGCCAGGGGAAAAGCAGAAGAAUGGGGUGUGCAGUAUGUCGAGACUUCUGCCAAGACACGGGCCAAUGUGGACAAGGUAUUUUUUGAUCUAAUGAGGGAAGUCCGGGCUAAAAAGAUGUCAGAAAAUAAGGACAAAAACGGGAAGGGAAAAAAUAAGAAGAAUAAGAAGAGCUUCAAAGAGCGAUGCUGUUUACUUUGAGCUACACUUGGACUUUUCCUCACCAAAUCUACUUGCAACU